UGCCAUGUGGGCUAGCAGCACGCGCACGUCUGGCUAAUGCUAACAUUUUAAAAUGCCUCCACUCAGAAAAUUAUACUUCAAUGAAGUCCGUGAAGUCUUUCUGUGGUGCCGGUACGUUUGUGACAUGUUUCAGAAUUCGAGGAGGGACACAAAAAAAACGUGUUAUAAUGUAUCACAGAGUGAGUGGACUGUAGCGUUGAGAAUGAACUAGCUAAGAUGAACCUGGAGCUGAUUGAGAAUGACUUCUUGGUGCACACCCACAGAAUGGCUUCCAUCAUUGUAGUGGUGCGGUGCAGCUGCAGGGAUGUGGAUGGAUACAAAGGCAGAGGAGACGGAGGCCAGCAGGAGUCGUGCCAGCCUUGGCCAGCGUGUGUUGAGCGGACUGCUGUUCUUUACUGGGGAUAUGGAGCACUUAAACAAAUACAUGCAAGACAAAGUGUUUGGGCUGCAGCUGGCGGUGUGGGGCCUGAGAGGGGUGACCAGGGUGAUCCUAGCCAACAACCCACUGAGUGGAGCUCUCAUCCUGGCUGCUCUGUGCUGGGCCUCCCCCUGGCAGGCCCUGCUGGGGACUCUGGGAGUACUGACCUCCACACUAACAGCUGUCAUCAUGGGCCAAGACGGUGCUGAAGUGUCAGGAGGUCUCCAUGGGUUUAACGGCAUGCUGGUGUCCAUGCUGAUGGGGGUGUUCAGCUCGGCUGGAGACUGGAACUGGUGGCUGCUGCUGCCCGCCAGCCUGGGCUCAGCUACAUGUGUGUUUCUGUACAGCAGUCUCGCUCCGGUGUUGGACCGCUGGGACUUGCCUGUCGCGGUGUUUCCCUUCAACAUCUCCAUCUUCCUCUACCUCCUUUGCACCGGCCCACACAACCCCUACUUCCCGCACCACCUGGCUAAACCUGCGGGGCUGAUGGAGAUCAACGCCACCAAGCUCAUGGCAGUGGAGGUUCUGCGUGGCAUCCCUCUGGGUGUGGGUCAGAUCUUCGCCUGUGGGGCUCUGGGGCCCUCACUCCUCAUCCUGGGGGCCGUCCUGCUCUACUCCCCCCUGCUGGCCGCCCACGCUCUGCUGGGAUCAGCAAUAGGAACAUUGGCUGGUUUAUCGAUGGCGGUGCAUCAUGAGUCUCUCUACUCGGGUCUGUCAGGGUUUAAUGGAGCUCUUGGCUGCAUGGCUGUUGGAGGACUCUUCUUCACCUUCAGCUGGAGGACGCAUCUCUAUGCCAUCGCCAGUGCUUUCCUCUCCGCAUAUGCUGACAUCGCUCUGAGUAAUCUUAUGGGAACGAUUGGUCUCCCAGCAUGCAGUUGGGCAGCUACUGUGGUAGCCACACUGAUGCUGCUGCUGACCGGAAGUUUAUCAAUGUACCGCAUCCCCAUUGGUCAAGUGAUGUCCCCUGAACACAACCUGCGCUCCCGCAAACAAUGGAAAGCUGGGAAAACUGAGGAAAGGGAGAGCACUGAUGUGUAACGUAUUGUAUCAGUAUUUAGGAGAGGAUGGAGGGAUUUUUGGAUGGGUUGUACCAAAAACAUAUGCAUUUUUAUUAUAAACUUUAAAUACAUAUGUAUAUAUAUAGUUGUACAGUUUAUAUGUUCUUAAAAAAACAACGAAUUCAUCAUAGUAACUUCACAGCGCUACCUUGUUUUGUCCACAAGGUGGCAAUGUUUGUUCAGAAGCUAGAUGCUGAAAUGUGGUAGCAAUACAAACCUCUGUGUUGAAGUUAAACUAUUUUUAUAAAAUAUGUAACAAUUCA